AUGUCAAAUCUUAAUAUAGAUGCUGCAUUCCGUUCAUCUACUCCCAAUGAAUGUUAUAUGUUUGUGGGAGAAAACUAUGUGGUUUUGAAUUAUGCUCCAUGUUCUGGAGACAUAAAGAAAAAUAUCAUUAAUGGGCCAAUUAAAACUGUUGUUGGGUUUCCAAUGUUUGCUGGAAAAACAUUCGAAGGUAAAAUAGAUUGUGCCUUUGACACCGAAGACACUGAUGUAUUCAUCUUUUCUGGAAAUGAAUGUGCCAAAAUUCAGUAUGUUCCACAUUCUGCUGAGGCUACAUUACUCAUAGCUCCUAUUCCAAUAUCUCAGAUGUUUCCUUGUAUCUAUAGUUUAUUUUUUGCUAAUGGAAUAGAUGCUGCAAUCAAGUCCACCGGAAAUGAGGUUUUCUUAUUCAAAGGCGGUUGGUAUGCUCGUAUAAACUAUCGCACCAAGCAGCUCAUGUCUGAAAAUUACAUUGGCAAGGGUUUUAGUAGUUUGUAUGGUACAGUAUUUGAAAGUGGAAUUGAAGCAGCUUUUGCUUCUCACGUUCAAAAUGAAGCUUACAUUUUUAAAAAAGAAUACUAUGCACGUAUCAACUUUGCCCCAGGUACAGCUGAUGGUGACUUUAUUGUUGGUGGUAAAAUUAGGAAAAUCUCUACUGAUUGGCCUGCUCUUAAAAACAUCUUACAUUUUUAA